UGAAAAGUACCAGAAUGGUGGCCUUGAUGACAUUCUCUCGCUGGUGGCCGUGGAAGAGUUGGUCUUUAAAUUCCGAGAGCAUCAUGUGGAUAAGCUCCCUGGAACAACCCGAGCCACCCGAGGAUCGGAAUCGAGUCGGAAGGGACGAGCGUACCGGUGAGCACUACAAUGUCACUCAGAACCUGACCAAUUGGCCUCCCCUGCCCCGAAGAUUCCUUGUCGUAGUAUCCAUACCGCUUCCCGGCGAUCAUCCGAGUAAUUAUGUUGAUCACCGUGCUCUGGACUACCUCCCCGAUCACAACAACAUUGGUGGCCUUAUCAUCGUUUCCGCCUCCGCCGGUGCUCUGCUGGUAGAGGUCGGCGAUGAGGAAAUGGAUCUCGGAGAUCUGGACGUGGGCGAGGGCCUUGAUCCGAUGGACGGAGAGGAGCUGGGUGGUGAGCAGCUUCCUGAUUUCGCGGAGGUAGGUGCCGUAAGGCGCGAAUCCGAUGCCGGCGUAGUUGUAGCCGAGGAUCUUGGCGUGGCUGGAGUCCGGCCGGAAGGCGAGGAUCCGGUCGUGGGUGGUGAAGCAGUCCUUGACGUCGUCGUAGUCGCUGACCACGACGGUCGGGUUGUUGGCGCCGAGGCGGACGGUGAAGACGGCGCCGUACUUGUCGGCGAAGGAGGCCAGCUUCCGCGCCAGGAUCUGGUUGCCCCUCAGGAGGUGGAGGUGGCCGACCAGAGGCAGGGCACCGGGGAUUUCGGGGACAAUGUUAGUAUCCUGCUGCUGGUUUCGCUUGUUGGCCAGCCGGCGGAGGUGGAAGAAUACGACCACGGCAAAGGCGACGAGGAUUUCGGGGAGAUGCUCUGAAAUAAUCAUGCCGACGGCGACCGUGUGUUCUCCUUUCGUUCGUUGCUGGUUGGAACAGAGAUGGGAACAGCCUUGAACCUGGACAUCUCAGGUUCGAACUCCUUUAAUAAUACUUAAUCACAAAAAAUUAACAUAUAUCACUCUUAUUAAAAAAAAUAUUUAUA